AUGAUGAAGACGCUUGUUAUAAUCUCAAUACUGACAUGCCUUUUGAAAUUAACAAAUGCCCAAACCAACUGUACCGGAAGUCCCGACAGACUUAUUACUUAUGGAUGCAGGGCAUUCACAGCCUGCAAAAAUGAGAAGUACGUCAAUGUAGAAUGCCCACCAGGUCAAGUCGUUGACGUUGAACGUAUCUUAUGUGACAAACCAGAAAAUGUGCCACCACCGUGUGGACUUAGUAUGAAUUGUACGGGUCGCGAGGACGGUGGAUAUCCAGAUUAUUCUACCAACUGCACAUCGUUUUAUACCUGUUUAAAUGGAGUCAAUCGUGGAACUGGCUUCUGCGCCGGGGGCCUGGUGUAUGAUGAUUUACGUGAUCUAUGUGACAGACGUGAGAACGUAUGUGAACCUUGUGGGACUCUUCCAGCAGUUAAUUGUUUACCCACUGAGCCAUUUACCGGAAGUACUGUGACGAUAGCGGAGGUGAGUACAGAGGCGCCUAUUGUGCGAAAUUGUACGGGAAAGUCUGAUGGUUAUUACCCCGACCUAGAGAUCAACUGCAUAACCUACUAUACAUGCGCAGGAGAGGUUAUGAGUGGAUACUAUAGAUGUCCAGGAGGUUUGGUAUUUGACCCUGAAGAUGAGACAUGUGACUGGGGCCGUGGCACGUGUCCUCCUUGUGGCACUGGAGAGGACAAACAACGCGGCUAUUGUAAGAACUGUACUGGUGUUCCCGAUGGAUUGUACCCCGACGUCGACGAUUCCUGCUCCGGGGCUUACAGAUGUCAGUUAGAUACAAUGAAAACCCGUAUUUUAUGUGAAACAGGUUCGGUGUAUGAUCCAGAAAGACAAGCAUGUACAGAAGACACGGAGGAUGUUUGUCCACCAUGCUAUAAUGGUUCGGGGUCUCCUCCUGCACGAUGCCCUACGGAGGCACCCGCUGUUAGAGAAAAAUCUCGGAACAGAAAACUCGAUCUUGAUUAG